UCCACUGGAGCAUGUACUUUGAAAGCCUCAUGAGGUCACGUUCUGUCCUUAAAAAUUCAACCUUAACCUUAGUAAAGAGAGGAUGCAAUGCAAACGCAAAAUGCAGGGCCUACAAACUUGUGUCUGGCCAAAAGAAGAUAAAGAGGAUGCAUAGCAAAAUCCAAAACGUACAUGGCAAUUGACAAGUUGGGUACGUGGAGCAAGCCUAAACACUAAACAUGAAACAGGCUGACCUCUAACCGUUGGUUGAACGUUCAUCUAUGGCCGCCAUGUGAGCUUUGUACAUCACACUUGACACUUCAUCAGUCCAUUGCUCUCUCUGUCUCUCUCUCUGUCCCUCGUAUCGAAGCCAUGGCAAGCACUACCUCUCCCGCUCUGUCUGUGUCAAAAUUGGAUUUUCCAUUUUUGUCCUCUCAGAGAAACAUAACUUUCAGCAAGGAAAACCUUCAUCAAGUUAAGAUGCCUCGUAGGAUGUCUAAGUUUUCUGGGUUUGAAUCAAAUGGGUUUAUCUUAUUUUCUUCUUUGAGUGGUCAAAUUGGUUUGGGCAGCUUUCCUAGUCCAGAAGCCACUGCGAACAACAAUGCGCCUGAGGUCCAAGUUCAAAGCAGUAUAUGGAACUGGAGGGGUUAUUCUAUCCGCUAUCAGCAUGCUGGCAACAGUGGCCCGGCAUUGGUAUUAAUUCAUGGUUUUGGAGCAAACAGUGACCAUUGGAGGAAAAAUAUUCCAGUUCUUGCAAAAUCACAUAGGGUAUACUCAAUUGAUCUUAUUGGUUAUGGGUACUCAGACAAACCAAAUCCUCGUCAAUUUGGGGAAAGUUCCUUUUAUACAUUUGAGACAUGGGGCACCCAGCUAAAUGACUUUUGUAUUGAUGUGGUCAAGGAUGAAGCAUUCUUUAUAUGCAACUCUAUCGGAGGACUUGUUGGUCUUCAGGCAGCAGUUAUGGAGCCACAGUUAUGUAAGGGCGUAAUGCUCUUAAAUAUUUCUCUUCGUAUGCUUCAUAUUAAAAAGCAGCCUUGGUACGGAAGACCAUUGAUUAGAUCAUUUCAGAACUUACUGAGAAAUACUGAUGUGGGCAAAUAUUUUUUCAAAAUUGUUGCCACACCAGAGUCUGUGAGGAAUAUCCUUUGCCAGUGCUACCAUGACACCUCCCAGGUAACAGAGGAACUAGUUCAAAAAAUCCUUCUUCCAGGACUUGAGCCCGGUGCUGUAGAUGUAUUUCUGGAGUUCAUUUGUUACUCAGGUAGCCCCCUUCCUGAGGAACUAUUGCCUCAAGUGAAGUGCCCUGUUUUGAUAGGAUGGGGUGAGAAGGAUCCAUGGGAGCCCAUUGAACUUGGACGUGCCUAUGGGAAAUUCGUUUCUGUAGAAGACUUCGUUGUUCUUCCUAAUGUCGGCCACUGCCCUCAGGUCUCUCUCUCUCUCUCUCUCUCUCUCUCUCUCACACACACACACACACACACACACAGCGCUACAAACACUCAGGUUAUAAUUUGUCUGUAUAUAUAAGCACCAGAGUAGGUAUUUAAGAGCUGCCUUGGAGCAGAAUGGUAAUAAUUUAGCUCUCAGAAAGGUUUGUGAACAUGACGGCUAUUGGAGUUUUUUUAAAUGUUUGAAAAGAUGUAUGGAUGUAUAUGUGCUUUUGUAGCACAUGCUAAAAUCUGGCUCGGAGAAACUGGUUUCUGUUGUCUUGGGGAUGAAAGAUUAGAUCAAAUGUAUAAAUAGGGAAAAGAAGUGCUAGCGCCCAACCAUGAGCAGAUAUAAUUAGUAUGAAUUCUGAUAACUUUCCCACUGACAACGAAAGCUGAUUCAUAACUUGUUAAUGUUCCUGAUCCUGAAGGAUGAAGCACCCGACCUAGUGAAUCCACUGGUCGAGUCAUUUGUGGCACGCCAUGCUGCACUCUCAGCCAGCAUUUCCACGGCUACCUGAUCCGUGGCAUGUCAG